GGCCAGAGCCGGUCUUUGGGGACGUGAUUGACAGCGGCAACGUCAGCAACAGGAGGGGAAGGGAAAAGGGAGGGGGGGAGACAAAGAGGGAGGGAGUCGAAAGGCCCCAAACUGGAUCUUGAUGGAACAUUUUUCGAGAAGAUCAAGGGAAAGUGAAUCGGUGCGAGGGGGGAUGUCCCGCCCGCCGCUGCCGCCGGGCUGCCGGGCCGCCGAGCCGCGCCGGCCCUGAGCGCUCCGCGCCCGCGGCCCCGCCGCCGCCGUUCAUGCCGCAGCCGCCGCCGCGCCGAGGCGAAGCGCCGAGCCCCCAGCUGCGCCUCCUGCCCCCCGGCCAGCAGUGAAAUGCUCCAGGAGAAAAGCCUGGCUGAAAGCGAGGAAGGGUUUCCAGCGGCGCCGGCUCCCGGCCAUGCCGACUCCGCCGCCGGCUCCCCGGUGCUCGGCGUAGCCGGCGUGAGCAGCACGCCGCUCAGCAGCCCGCAGGGCCCCGACCCCGAGCAGACAAUAGAAAAUAUCAAAGUCUAUCUGCACGAGAAGGAGCUAUGGAAGAAAUUCCAUGAAGCCGGCACCGAAAUGAUAAUAACCAAAGCAGGCAGGAGGAUGUUUCCUAGCUACAAGGUUAAAGUCACCGGGAUGAACCCCAAGACCAAGUACAUCCUGCUCAUCGACAUCGUCCCGGCCGACGAUCACCGGUACAAGUUCUGCGACAACAAAUGGAUGGUGGCGGGGAAGGCAGAGCCGGCCAUGCCGGGGCGGCUCUACGUCCAUCCCGACUCGCCGGCCACCGGCGCCCACUGGAUGCGGCAGCUCGUCUCCUUCCAGAAGCUGAAGCUCACCAAUAACCACCUCGACCCCUUCGGACAUAUCAUCCUGAACUCCAUGCACAAAUACCAGCCGCGGCUGCACAUCGUGAAGGCGGACGAGAACAACGCGUUCGGCUCGAAGAACACGGCCUUCUGCACCCACGUCUUCCCGGAGACGUCCUUCAUCUCGGUGACGUCCUACCAGAACCACAAGAUAACCCAGCUGAAAAUCGAGAACAACCCCUUCGCUAAGGGCUUCAGGGGCAGCGACGACAGCGACCUGCGCGUGGCUCGCCUGCAGAGCAAAGAGUACCCGGUGAUUUCCAAAAGCAUCAUGAGGCAGCGGCUGGUGUCCACGCACGGCCAGCUCGCGGCGAAGCCGGACGUGAACCCGCUGCACGGGAGCCACCAGACGCUGCAGCACUACCAGUACGAGAACGGGGCGCACAUGCAGUUCGCCGCCUCGGACACGCAGGAUCUGCCGCUCAACACCUUCACGGCACAGAGGGACUCGGGCCUCUUCUACCAUUGCCUGAAGAGAAGAGAAAGCGCCCGGCACCUGGACCUGCCCUGCAAGCGCUCCUACCUGGAGGCCUCCUCCUCGGUGGGGGACGACCACUACUUCCGCUCGCCGCCCCCCUACGACCAGCCCAUGCUGAGCCCGUCCUACUGCGGCGAGGUGCCGCCGCGCGAGGCCUGCAUGUACUCGGGCGCCGGGGCCGACAUCGCCGCCGUGCCGGCCGUCGAGGACCUGCCGCCGCCGCCGCCGCCCGCCCUCGGCUGCAACAUGUGGACUUCGGUGGCGCCCUACCCCGGCUACGGCGUCCAGGCCGUGGAGACUGUCCCCUACCAGCCCUUCCCGGCCCAUUUCACCGCCGCCACCGUCAUGCCGCGGCUGCCCUCCCUCGGCGCGCAGGGCUCCCAGCCGCCCGCCAACGGCCCCUUCGGCGUCUACAACCAGCUGGCGCCGGCGCCGGCCCGGGAGCGCCUGCCGGCCCCGGCCUUCCCGCGGGAGCGGGGCCACGGGGCCGGCUGCGAGCGCAAGCCGCCCUCGCCCCACCUCAACGCCGCCGGCGAGCUGCUCUACUCGCCCAGCUUCUCCCUGGCCAGGGAGCCGGCGCUGCCCUACCACGCGGGCAUGGGCGCCGCCGACGCCUGGGCCGACGGGUGACGCCGGCCCCGCCGGGCCGCCGCGGGACGGUCGCGGCGUCCGUGUCCAUUCCUGUGGGUACCUUGCACUGCGGCGGCGGCGGAGGGCGGGGGGCGGGACGGGACCGGCGUCUCUUCGGCCCGAAGCGCCGCCCGAAAUCGCUCUGGUGCCCGCGGGCUGGAUCCGUCGGUCUCGCGCUGGCUCCCCCCCCGCCGUCGCUGCCCGCCCGCUAGAGACCGUCUUCACGGCUAGGGAGCGAAGCAACCGGCGCUUUCCCUUCAACAUGUCAGACAUCCGGGAGCAAAUUUGGGCUAUUUGGGGGGAAAAAAAAUAAAAAAAAAAUCGCUCUUACGGUACGUGCUCCGGUCACCGAGUCGGAGAGUUCUUAAAAAAAAACAAAAAAAAGCAAAAAAAAAAAUAAAAGGAAAAAGCAGCCUGUGCCGCGGCCGCGCUGGAGGACUGCCGCCGGGGCAGGCGGCGCCCGGGACACGGCCCCGCCGCAAAAACGCCUCUUCUGCCCCAAAACGGGCGGUGGCGGGGAGCCCGGCGGGGAGCGUGGCGCCCCGGGCCCCGCGGCGAGCGGAGCGGAGCGCGGCCCUCGGGACCGAGCCGGUGUCUGCGGAUGCGCCUCCAUGGAUCGAACCACACUCGCUUAUUGCAAUAUAUUUAUGAAGUUUAAGCUUAAAAGUCGCUCGUACUUUCCAGAGGCUCUUUCAGUAUCUGCUGGUCCCCGAUUUCUUUCACGCUCGGCCGAAAUGUGCCUAUUUGCGCUAUGAGUCUUUUUUUCUUUUGCAGCUAAACCGGGAAGAGUUGUUUUUCGGCGUAACGGAGUCGUAGAGAAAUAUUUUCCUAAUUAAGGGAGGGCGACGAGGUCCCGAUACCUGUCAGACUUUGUACAAAUACUGGUGGAGCAGGUGGGAUCGGUAACCGGCGCACGCGUGGCAACUGCGCUUGACCGUGGAGACGUCUCGCGCGAAGGCGCAAGCCCGAAAUGGCGAGGGGGAACCCGGGGCCCUCGUGGCCCGACGGACCGUGCUCCCCGCGGUCGCAGCACCCCGAGGCCGCGGACGUGGAGGUCGUGGCCCAGCCGGGACAACCCGAGGCGCCCGUUCGGCAGACUGUACGUGUGACCGGUGUGGAUUUUGUAACCAGAUUUUGGAAAUCACUACAAUUUUUGCAUGCUGAAUAGCUAUUUAUAUACAUAUAUAUAUUAUAUAUAUAUAUAUAUAAAAAAUAUAUAUAUAUCACAAAUGCAGGCCACGUGUCCAGUUCAGCUUUGCUUUUUACAAGUGAAAUACUUAAUAAAAAUGAAUGUUGCAAGGUUUUUUUUUUUUUUGAAAGACAUCUAUUUAAGAUUUUUUUAUUACACACCUUUGAUGUAAAAACUAAGAAUUGGUUAGAUAAAAGUCAUAUAUACUACAGAUAAAUCUUUAUUAGAAACCACAUUAGAUACAGGUGGUGUGGAAUUUUUAAAUGUUUGUUACAUAGCAUGGACAUUUUAUUUUACAUAUCAAAAACAUAAAGUCAUUUUACUACUAUCAA